AUGGUCCUGGCGGAAGGGCUCCAAAGGGUGUUGGCCGUGGGCUUGACGAUGGAGGUCCCAAGGGUCCAGGUGGAGGGCGUGGAAGAGGCCCCGGUGGGAAGCCUGGCGGAAGCAGAGGUCCAGUUAGAGGACGUGGCUGAUCCGUUGAAUGAUGAAACGAUGGCUGGAGGGGCUAAGCUUGCUACUUUUUCCAAGCAUAUAUGGCCGCAGUCACUAUCCAUUUGA